AUGGGCUUAGUACGAUCCCCGAUGCACUCCGACCUGUGUGCUUAUGUUUUGAUACAUAUCAUGCACCAGAUCAUUCUAACACUUUUCAUCGCUUGCUCAAGCGCAGCGAAAUUAAAUGGGGCAUAUCUACCACCAAACUAUGCCCAGACAUCGGGGGGUUCGAGCGACUUUCUUCAAACGCCUCUUUCAAGUCCUACGUCUAAUUUUAAUGAAUUCUCCGGGCAAAGAAAUGAUGGUUUCCCUUCUAAAGAUAUUCUCGCUCAUAACAAGUAUGCCCAAGACGCUAACGAUUUCAUCGAAAACAGUAAUGGCAUACUGCAAAGUCAAAUAAAUGCCUUUGGGAAUUAUGGAACUCGCCCUGAACGUCCCCGUGCUGCUUUAGAAAGGAAUGCGGCAACUCUUCGACAGUUUAAUAAUAAUAACGGAGAAACCUUCUCAUAUGCUUUUGAAACUGAAAAUGGUAUACACGCAGAAGAAAAUGGUGUGGCUACAAAUGGUGUUGAAGCGCAAGGCGGUUAUUCCUACACUGCUGAUGAUGGACAAGUAUACAGUGUCAAAUAUACAGCUGGUCAGAACGGUUUUGUGCCGGAAGGUGACCACCUACCUACGCCUCCCCCUAUUCCAGAGGAGAUUUUAUUGGCUCUAGAACAAAACGCCCGUGAUGAAGCUGCAGGAAUUUACGAUGAUGGGUCCUACGAUGAAUACAAUGGAGACAACAGAUACGAGACCUCGAUUUUUGGUGAUAGUAAUGCAAAUGGAAAGAACGUCAACAAAAUAAAUGAUGAUGACUCCGUUGUUAUUAAUACUGCUUUUAACUCUGAAGUAUUCCGUCAGCAAGGAACCAGAAUCAUUCUAACCGUUUUCAUCGCUUGCUCAAAAGCAGCGAAGCUAAACGGGGCAUAUCUACCACCAAACUAUGCCCAGACAUCGGGAGGUUCCAGCGACUUUCUUCAAACGCCUCAUUCAAGUCCUACGUCUAAUUUUAAUGAAUAUUCCGGGAAAAGAAAUGAUGGUUUCCCUUCUAAAGAUAUUCUCGCUCAUAACAAGUACUACCAAGACGGUAACGAUUUCAUCGAAAACAGUAAGGGCAUACUGCAAAGUCAAAUAAAUGCCUUUGAAAAUUAUGAAACUCGUCCUGAACGUCCCCGUGCUACUUUAGAAAGGAAUGCGGCAAUUCUUCGACAGUUUAAUAAUAAUGAUGGAGAAACCUUCUCAUAUGCUUUUGAAACUGAAAAUGGUAUAAACGCAGAAGAAAAUGGUGUGGCUACAAAUGGUGUUGAAGCGCAAGGCAGUUAUUCCUACACUGGUGAUGAUGGACAAGUAUACAGUGUCAGAUAUACAGCUGGUCAGAACGGUUUUGUGCCGGAAGGUGACCACCUCCCUACGCCUCCCCCUAUUCCAGAGGAGAUUUUAUUGGCUCUAGAACAAAACGCCCGUGAUGAAGCUGCAGGAAUUUACGAUGAUGGGUCCUACGAUGAAUACAAGUAUUCUAAUAGAGACAACAGAUACGAGACCCCAAUUUUUGGCAAUAGCAAUGCAAAUGGAAACAACGUCAACAAAAUAAAUGAUGAUGACUCCGUUGUUGUUAAUUCUGCUUUUAACUCGCAAGUAUUCCGUCAGCAAGGAACCGGAGUAAGAAAUACAAUUCAGCCAGUCGACAGUGGUGUCACUAAAGCCUAUUUGCCACCUACCUCCGAACAGAGGACUUCAGGAAACCAAAAUGGAGGAGCCCGUUUCGGUAACCGAAAUCGCCAGUCAAGCUUCACACAUAGAAACGGUUACAACUAUUAG